UAUAAAUUAUGCAACACUCACUCACAGUAACCAUCAUCAUCACCAUCUUCUUCUUUCACCAUCCUUGAAAUCCAUUCUGAUUUCCUAACGAAUCCCAGCCGUUGGAUCUUCUUCCUCUGAUAGUCCCAUGACCGUUGGGCCCUCCGAAUCUAGGGUUUCGUCGAUCUCUGCCCAUUCCUCCGCCGUCUCCGCCAUGGCUUCUUAUAUCGCCGGUGGCGAAGAUUCUCCGGCGAAAUCUCCCGCUUCUUGUCCCCAUCUCUCCGAGUUUCGCGCCCGCAACGGCGGAGCAAAGCCGUUUCGCGCGCUCCAAGACUGCCUCCGGAUCAAACCGCCGGGAGGUCGGGCGGCGAUCUGGCGAGACGCGACGGAGGUCCCACGGUGCGGAGAGUGCGGCGAAUCUCGCCGGCCGAGGCUCUACGCCUGCGUCACUUGCGCCGCCGUAUCCUGCCAUUUCCCUCCGACGUCCUCGCACGCGGCGGCGCACGCCAAGACGGCAUCGCCGGGGCACGAGAUCGCCGUCGACGUCAGCCGUGCCGAGCUCUUCUGCUGUGUUUGCCGUGACCAAAUCUACGAUCGCGACUUUGAUUCUGCGGUGGUCAUGGCUCAGAUGUUCGCCAUGAAAACCGCCGCUGCGUCGACGGAGAAAUCCUUGAGCCCUGAGAAUAUACGGAAGAGACGCAAAGUAGAUUACCGGGCGUGGAGUCCUGCUCUGCAUGAACGAGUGCUAAUGGUGAGCAGCUCAGCUUCUCUCCCCAAUGCCGCCGUCGCCGGUGACCCAUUAGACUUUCCGGCUGGUUUGCGCGGGUUGAACAAUCUGGGGAACACUUGUUUCAUGAACUCUGUAUUGCAAGCAUUGCUUCACACGCCUCCUCUGAGGAACUAUUUCCUCAGUGAUCAGCACAACCGAAAUUUGUGUCAGCGGCAGAAUGCUGUAAGAUCUGUUCCUGUUCCCGUCAGAGGAGGCAAAAAAUCUGGCAGAGGCAGGGGAGGUCAUGGAGACGGAGAUCAAGGUGGCGGGAAAAUGUGCUUGGCUUGCGAUUUGGAUGCAUUGUUCUCCGUUGCAUUCUCAGGAGACCGAAAGCCUUAUACCCCUGCAAAGUUCCUGUACAGUUGGUGGCGUCACGCAGGAGGAAAUUUGGCGAGUUAUGAGCAACAAGAUGCACACGAGUUCUUCAUUUCCGUUCUUGAUAGAAUUCAUGAAAAGCCAGAAAAGGAUGAGCAGAAGCUUCAGAAUACAGGAACCGUCGACUGUUGCAUUGCUCAUAAAGUUUUCUCGGGAAUUUUACGGUCCGAUGUCAUGUGUAUGGCCUGUGGUUUCACAUCCACAACGUAUGAUCCUUGCAUCGACAUCUCCUUGGACUUGGAACCGAACCAGGGUUCGUCUGCAAAAACACCCUCCGGAAACUCUGCUCUUACUCCCAACAAAGAGAGAGACCUCAAAAAAUCGACUUUGUUGGGCUGCUUGGACCUGUUCACGAGACCCGAGAAGCUCGGUUCGGACCAGAAAUUCUUCUGCCAACAUUGCCAAGAACGGCAAGAGUCUCUCAAGCAGAUGUCGAUACGGAAACUGCCUCUCGUAUCGUGCUUCCACAUCAAAAGAUUCGAGCAUUCCCCAGUGAGAAAAAUGUCGAGAAAAGUCGACCGGUAUCUUCAGUUCCCGUUUUCACUAGACAUGGCUCCUUACUUGUCUUCUUCAGUUCUGAGACGACGGUUCGGAAACCGAAUAUUCUCAUUCGACGAGAACGAGGCGCCCAACAAUGAGGUAUCGUCCGAGCUCGAGCUGUUUGCUGUCGUGACCCAUUCGGGAAAGCUCGAAUCCGGUCACUAUGUGACGUAUUUGCGGCUAAGUAACCAGUGGUACAAAUGCGAUGAUGCGUGGAUAACGAGGGUUAACGAAAACCUCGUAAGAGCUUCACAAGGGUACAUGAUCUUUUAUGUUCAGAAGAUGCUUUCUUACAGAACCAGUGAGAACAAAGUUCCUGAAACUUCGGGAUAACCUCCAAAGGUUUUGGAAGACAGAUUUUUUCAUGUCCGAGCGGAAAGAAGAUUGGUAUCGGAAUUUUUUUUUUUUGGCUUUUUUUUUUGUUUCUUACCUUAGGAGAUCGCAGAACGCUUCGGCCUGGAAUUUUUUUUUUUUCUGAAGCGUUAUAGAACAAAAAAGAAAAGAGAGGGUUUAACUGUAUCUCUUUAGGAUACAAGUAUAUCACAUAAUUAAAAAAUACUAAAUUC